UCCUCUCGCGCACCGCGACUAGUCCUUCAUCUACCUGGCUGCUCAUAAAACCGUUCCCACUCCAUCGCUGGGGAAAAUCACGCGUUCGGCAACCUACAGCCGCUGAAGUUACGAUGCCAGGUACCGAAUAACGUCGAGAAAAAAGAAAAUAUCUUCUCGCGCGCGUCCACCUCGACAAAGUCACGCUCCGAUACGCACGACCAAACGCGCGCACGGGAGAGAGAGCAGUUCACGCGCGGCAGAUGCUUCCCCGUCCUCGCUGAGAUGAUGGCACUGUGGACGCUCUUCUGCAUCCUCGCCAUUGUGAAAAGCAGUGAUGGGGCAGAUACAGAAGAGAGACUGGUGGAGCAUCUUCUUAAUCCAGCCCAUUACAACAAACUGAUCCGUCCAGCGACUAAUGGUUCAGAAUUGGUGACAGUACAGUUAAUGGUCUCGCUGGCACAGCUCAUCAGUGUGCAUGAGAGAGAACAGAUCAUGACCACCAAUGUCUGGCUUACACAGGAGUGGCAGGACUAUCGGCUAAUAUGGAACCCAGAUGAGUUUGAUGGCAUGAAGAAGGUCCGUCUUCCCUCCAAACAUAUUUGGUUACCUGAUGUUGUUCUUUACAACAAUGCUGAUGGCAUGUAUGAGGUGUCUUUCUACUCCAAUGCUGUCGUUUCCUACGAUGGAAGCGUCUUCUGGUUGCCACCAGCGAUCUAUAAGAGUGCCUGUAAAAUUGAGGUGAAGCACUUCCCUUUCGACCAGCAGAACUGCACGCUGAGUUUCCGCUCUUGGACCUAUGAUCGCACAGAAGUGGACCUGGUUCUGCGUGCGGAUGUGGCUAGCAUGGACGAUUUCACACCCAGCGGCGAGUGGGAUAUCAUUGCUCUCCCCGGCCGUCGAAACGAGAACCCCUCAGACCCAACUUAUGUAGACAUCACCUAUGACUUCAUCAUCCGGCGCAAACCCCUCUUUUACACCAUCAACCUCAUCAUACCUUGUGUCCUCAUCACCUCGCUGGCCAUCCUAGUGUUCUACCUUCCAUCGGACUGCGGGGAGAAGAUGACACUCUGCAUCUCUGUGCUCCUGGCCCUCACUGUGUUCCUGCUGCUGAUCUCCAAAAUCGUGCCGCCCACGUCUCUUGACGUCCCUCUGGUUGGGAAGUAUCUGAUGUUCACCAUGGUGCUUGUCACGUUCUCCAUUGUGACAAGCGUGUGCGUGCUGAACGUGCAUCACCGGUCACCCACCACACACACAAUGCCUCCAUGGGUGAAGUUGGUGUUCCUCAACAAGUUACCCGCCUUGCUCUUCAUGCGGCAGCCACGCAACAGCAGCGAGCGGCAGCGUUUGCGCCAACGCCGGCGUGCCAACGAACAGCAGGAAGGUGGGAGAGGGGGUCUGGCAGCUGGGCUCAUGGCAGGGCUGGGCCUGGGAGGCUCUUCAUCGGGGAGCAAAGAGAACAAUGAAGCGUGCACAUGCUAUGUAAACCGGGCCUCAGUUAAACAGUUUGGGGCAGAGUUGGGUGUUGGGGGUGGCGGAGGGGGGUCGACAGAUGGACUAAAUGGGAUAAGGGAAGGGGGAAGAGAGGCCAGGGAAGGAGGUUCAAAUCCAUUGCAAAGCUGUGCUCUACCUCGGGCAAAGCCGCAGCCUCCUACGGUCCUCACCCAGGCUCUGCUGGCCCAGGCCUGCCCAGGGUUCGAAGAGGCUGUAGACGGAGUCCGCUUCAUCGCAACCCACAUGAAGAGCGAGGAUGACGACCGUAGUGUGAGUGAGGACUGGAAGUAUGUUGCCAUGGUGAUCGAUCGUCUGUUUCUCUGGAUCUUUGUGUUUGUGUGUGUCUUUGGAACAAUCGGGAUGUUCCUUCAGCCUCUGUUCCAAAACUACACAGCCAAAACUAUCACCAGCACACCCGGCUGACUGACCUGCCACAACAAUAGACGCUAUAGACCAUCAGUUGUGAUAGGAGGGCGAAGGGAGGAGGGGGGGUCUGCCGAAGGAGAGGGCAAAUGUCACUCUGGACUAACCUUAGGUUUAUACAAACUUUUUUUGGAAUCUCACAAAGAGUAGAGAUUUAGUCCAGGAUUCUCUUUCAGACCUCUUAUCAAGUCCACCUUCCCCUUCUUUUAGGUGAAAAACCACACAAGCCAAUUGGAGAGAACGGAAACACCUGUUUACUUUGCUCAGCAGCCAAUCAGCACUCUUCUCUGCAAAUAGAAAGCCAUCCACCGCCCACAAGCUCCGAAACGAGCAGUCUGCUUUUUCAAGAGUCACGUGACUUGUUACCUGUACAUGCAAACUUGUCAGACAGGGAUGAACUUAAAUGCCCAUCAUUUCUAUCAUCUCAUCGUCUCAUUUAUUUCUUAUGGUCUAGUAGCCUGUCAUGGUCCAUGUAUUGCAACAACAUUCUGAUUUCUGUGCGAACAUACAAGUGUCUGGUCCUUCAAAAUGAGCUUUGAUGCAGUAUUGUAUUAUUAUUAUAAAUAUAAUAAAUGUGUGGAUUGUAUUAAUGACACAACACAAAAACACACAACAUCAAGAGGGAGGAUGCCUGGUGAGAUGUGAGUGACAGUGACUAUGUAUAAAGACUGAAGAUACGGUGAUACUUUAAAGUUAAAUAUAGUGGAACUUAAAAGUUAAAAUUGUCAAAAAGGGGGCCCAUUGUGAAGUAGAACAAGACUCCCACCCAAUAAAUUGUUCCCUAGCUAUGUGAUUUUUCAGUACAACACUGAACAGAUGGGUUCUGAGCUGAAUGAGUCCCUUUAGUCCCUACUUUACAGAGAUCUGCAGUGGUCGGGCAGACUGGGUAAUACAUAGACCGAUGAGUCUUAAAGCACCUCAGAGGUCAAAAUUAAGAUACUGAAAGGCCAAACUGAAACAUGACAAGUUGCCAUGAUGAAAUUCUGAGCAGUAUUGCAUUAUUAUUAUUAUGCCUCCUACACUUGCUUGCAUUUCAUUCCCUUUCUGUCUUCUA